AUGAGCAUCUUGAUCGUCAUUAUUGUCAUCGUGGUCGCAUGCAUAUGCUCCGCAAUCGCUCUUGGUGGUGCGGGUAUGGGCUACUACCGCAACGCACUCGCAUCGUAUUAUCCAAUCCGCACCGCUCCUGCUACAAGCGGAGUCGGGUCCGUUUCACAGCCGACUUUUGGUGCGCCAAUGUAUGGACAAAACUUUGGAUACGACAGCACUAACCAGCGUCUCAUUGACCAAACCAGCAUGAAGUGUCUCGCUCCAACCGGUGGAACGAGUGCUGCAGCAGGCAGCGCCAUUGUUAUCAAGACGUGUGAUAUCACGGACCAGUCGCAAACCUGGACGAACAACACGAGCAGUGGAUCGACAUGGACAUGGGGACCCGACAGCACCAAGUGUCUUGAUUUGCAAGGCAAUACCAGGACAAAUGGGGCUGUAAAUCAAAACCUGUACAUCAGCAAGCUGGCAGCUCCCGCAUCGGUGUAUUCGCAGUGCAGUGCUGCGGGGAUGCCGUUCAGUGCCGCUGCAUCGACCAAUUCGUCAUUGUCACCAGCUGAUCCAACCUACUUGAACGUCGUCUACAACGGUAAUGUAGACAUUUUGCCGGGAUCGUCCACAGUGGACUAUGGUCUCGGUGACCUCACUAUUGCUAACGUUGUCCGCAUUGGCUCGACCACUGCGGCCACCUCCACUGCCAACUCUGGUGCUCUUAGUGUCGCUGGUGGUAUCUAUGCCGGCAAUGACUCGUACUUCAACGGCCGGCUCACCAUCAACACCACCGACUCGGUCAGUGCCCUCACGAUCAACGGUGGGUCGGUUUUUAACGGCGUGAUCUCCAUCACUGACACCACCAAUGCCACUUCGUACACCACUGGGAGUUUUAAGACAGCCGGAGGUCUCUCGGUCCAGCAAGAUGCCUGGCUCCACCGCCUGUUCACCACCCAAAUCACUUCGACCGGAACAGUGACCAUUACCGACACCACUCCCGGUACGUCGACUGCGGGUGCACUCGUUGUCUCUGGCGGCAUUUCGGCUGGUGGAUCGACGUAUUUGGGCAGCACUCUCGAAGUCGCUAGCACUGUCACGCUCGACAGCACUACCGACUCGACCAACACCACGAGUGGAGCGCUGAUCGUUGCGGGUGGCAUUGGGUGUGCCCAGACCGUCACCACUCAGAAGCUCGGCGUGACCGGACUCUCGACCCUGAACAACCUCAAUGCAUGGGGAAAUGUCCAGUUCACUGGCUCUACCUUCACUGCUUCCAAUGCCGUCAGCUUCACCAACACCACGGCGUCCACCAGCCCCUCGACCGGUGCGCUCGUCGUUUCUGGAGGCAUCGGUGUCGGUGAUAACUCGAGCUUUGCCGGUAUCAUCAGCCUCACCAAUACUACUGACUCGACCAAUCUGACCAGCGGUGCUCUUCAGGUUGCAGGAGGAGCUGAGAUUACCAAGAACCUCAAUGUCGGCGGAAACGUGAACGUUAGCGGCAACACCACGGUCCAGGGCAACCUCACUGUGCUUGGUGCCUCGACCACUAUUACGAGUCAGACGCUCACAGUGAACGACAAUUGGAUUCUCUUGAACGCCGCUCCUGCCUCGCUCUCGGAUGUGGGUAUCGUCAUGCAGCGAUACCAAACGGACAGCGAGACCGGUGCUGGUGAUGUCACUAACGCCACUCCCGAUCUUAGCGGAACUGCCCAGGGCUCGACCAGCAGCACCACUAUCACGCUCGCUGCGUCUGACACUGCUGCCACCGACUACUACAAAAACUGGUGGAUUCGGAUCAUGAGUGGCACCGGUACCGGUGGUAUCCGCCAGAUCACUGGCUUUGAUGCCACCACCAAGAUCGCCACGGUCGAAACGGCAUGGGUCACUCAACCCGACAACACUUCAGUCUACGGCCUCUACUACAAGACCUAUGCCGUGUCCGCUUGGAUCGAGACCACUGACGAGUUCCAGGUGGGUUUCACUCCUAACGACCCCACCUACCACUCCAAAGCCGGGUUGAUCUCUCGCGGCACCUUCCAUGCCAAGAAGCUGAUUGCGGAUGACUCUGUGCAGACCGAUGCGGUCAACGAGCUUACCCCCGGAGCCGGAGUUACCAUUAAUGGAGCGGUUAACAUCUCCACAUCAGGUGCCGUGACUGGAAUCAACUCGAUCAACGGUAACACCGUGCCCGUCACUUCUGACAUUGCCAUGAAGGACGACGCGGAGCGGCUGCCACCUUCAUCAUGA